AUGGUUGACCUAGUUGAAGUUCAUCAAGAGACUCUGUUUCGCGAGCUUCGUCAAGAGGGUGAAACGGCUUGUUUUGGAUCUGACAGAGACAUUGAUGCGUCGGUCUGUUGUACCUCCAGCUCUGCUGGUUUAGAAACACCAUCGGCGGUCAUCGUUGGAGAUGUAGUGGUCGCUACUUCAGUCGCUUCGUCAGUCGACGGCAGUGCUUGGAGAUUGCUGGCUUGUAGAUCUGAUGGCUGUUUCAAACACCAUUGA